AUGGCUUCCGCAGACGAGCUUAAGGCUCUCGGCAACAAGGCCAUUGCCGAAAAGAACUUUGACGAGGCUGUCGCCAAGUUCUCCGAGGCGAUCAAGAUGCAGCCCGACAACCACAUCCUCUACAGUAACCGCUCUGCCGCCUACGCAUCCAAGAAGGACUGGCAAAACGCCCUGGAAGAUGCAAAGAAGACGACCGAGAUCAAGCCCGACUGGCCCAAGGGCUGGGGACGUCUUGGCACAGCCUACUACGGCCUCGGCGACCUCCUCGCCGCCAACGACGCUUACGAGGAGGGACUCAAGGUCGACCCCAAUAAUGCCGGCUUGAAGAAGGACCUCGCUGCCACUCAGAAGGCGAUGAAGGCCGAGGCUGGUGGUGACGCCGGCGACCCGACUGGCGGCCUCGGCAGCAUGUUCAACGACCCCCAACUUAUCCAGAAGCUCGCCGCGAACCCCAAGACGGCCAGCUUCCUCGCAGACCCCGCCUUCAUGGCCAAGCUCCAGCAGAUGAAGGAGAACCCCAAGGGCUCGCCCGACCUGUUCACCGACCCCCGCAUGCUGCAGGUUCUCGGCGUCCUGAUGGGCGUCGACAUGCAGAUGGGCAUGCCCGACGACAUUCCCCAGGACGCAGAGAUGCGCGAUGCUCCCCCCCCUCCCGAGCCGAAGCCCGCCCCCAAGAAGGCCCCCACCCCCGAGCCCGAGCCCGAACCCGAAGAACUCGACGAGGAGGCCUUGGCGAAGAAGAAGGCCAAGGAGGAGGCCGACAAGGAGAAGGCGCUGGGUACCGAGAACUACAAGAAGCGCAACUUUGACGAGGCCAUCGCACACUACAGCAAGGCCUGGGAGCUGUACAAGGACAUCACCUACCUCAACAACCUCGGCGCCGCCUACUUCGAGAAGGGCGACUACGACAAGGCCGUCGAGGCCUGCACCAAGGCCGUUGAGGAGGGCCGCGAGAUCUACGCCGACUUCAAGCUGAUCGCCAAGUCGUACGCGCGCAUCGGCUCCGCCUACGAGAAGCAGGGCAACCUCGAGCUGGCCAUCGAGAACUACAAGAAGUCCCUGACGGAGCACCGCACCCCCGAGGUCAACGCCAAGCUGCGCGCCGCCGAGCGCAACAAGAUCGAGCAGGCACGCCUGGCCUACAUCGACCCCGCCGAGGCCGAGAAGGCCCGCGAGGAGGGCAACAAGAAGUUCAAGGAGAGUGACUGGCCCGGCGCCGUCGCGUCGUACUCGGAGAUGAUCAAGCGCGCGCCCGACGACCCCAGGGGCUACAGCAACCGCGCCGCCGCGUUUGUCAAGCUGCUCGAGUUUCCCAGCGCCGUCGAGGACUGCAACACGGCCAUCAAGAAGGACCCGACCUUUAUCCGCGCAUACAUCCGCAAGGCGCAGGCCUUCCACGGCAUGCGCGAGUACUCCAAGGCCGUCGACGCCUGCACCGAGGCCGCCAAGGUCGACCUGGAGCACCACAAGGGCGCCAACGCGCGCGAGAUUGAGCAGCAGCAGCAAAAGGCCUUCAACGCCAUGUACGCGACGCGCGAGAACGAAACGGAGGAACAGACCAAGGAGCGCCUGGCCCGCGACCCCGAGAUCAUGAGCAUCAUGAACGACCCCAUCAUGCAGUCUAUCCUCCAGCAAGCGCAGUCGGACCCUGCGGCGCUGACGGAACACAUGAAGAACCCCGACAUCAGGACCAAGGUGCAGAAGCUGGUAGCGGCAGGAGUUAUCCGCGUCGGCCGGUAA